AUGUCAUCAAGCACUGGAGGCACACGGCCUGUGCCGGACGGCUCGAGCUCGAACAUACCCGCCAGGCCAUUCCCCAUCUAUUGGUCCCAGUUCCCAUCCAUAAAGAUCGUCCGCCAGCCGAAGGGAAGGUACUCUCCUCAAGUGGACGAACGAUGCGUCACAUAUUGCUCGCAGACGGUACGCGGACGGGCGGAGCAGCGCGAGCCCUCCUGCCGGACGAUCUGUAUCCGCCACGUCUUCGCACACGAGGUCUCCCGAGUCAUCGCAGCGCACGACGGACAAAGAUCCACCGCAACAAUCAAGUAUCCCCUCCCGCCAGAAGGCCAGCACGCACCCGGAGUCAUAGACCUCAUCACAGGCGAGACGCCCGAGCACGACGGGCACGGUGCGCACAGAGAGGAGAAGCACUGGGACGAAGGGUACUAUUUGUGGUUCAGCAAGAGUCGAUGGGCGGCGCAGGAGAGGAUUGAUUUGAUGAUGAAUGAUUUGGAGCGGCAGACUGAGUGGGAGCGGUAUAAGCAGCGGAUGACUGAGGAGUGGGAACACCAGCAGCAGCGACAGAGGAGCUUCAAGGGAGUUCAGCCACCGUCGCCGACGCCUGCUAUCGCUGAGGAGGCCCUGCAUCCGGAGUUAACAAAGCCGAGUAUACAAGAGCCAAUCCAGCCUCCAUCGGUCCCCGCACGACGACCGUUCCCGGAUCUCGCUGGCCAAUCCCUCUUGCUGCCCUUGCCCCCGCAAAUCCCGCCCAUCCACGAGCAGAUACGCACCCUGCUCGCGCCGACACACCGAGCGCUCGAGCUCACCCACGAGAGCCUGCACACCGGCGCGCAGUGGACGUUCGCACAGCGCAUGUGGGACAAGGCCUUCACCGAGGAACCGUUCGUCCUCGCGCGCACCGUCUGCUCGCGCAUGUGGGAAAAGUGGAAGAAGGGCCCACCGUCGGACGACGAGUCGAUGUAG